AUUUGAUUUUACUACAACUGUCGGCAAUAAUAGCGUGUAGAAGUAGAAGUAUCUCAAAACGAGAUCUCUUUUUACUCAGAGGAAAAUAUAUUUUCUCUCACCUUCUGCUCCUCUUCGUUUGAGAGAGAGAGAUAGAGAUAAAGAGUAGAAAUAGAUAAAGACAGAUAAGAAAAGUAUUCAAUCUCCGAAUUGGAUCCAUUAAAAACCCUAAUUCUUCAUAUUUAUAAGCACACAACGAAGAGGAAGAAGAGGUAGGGGGUGAAAUCAUGUCAACACCUGCAAGGAAGAGAUUGAUGAGGGAUUUCAAGAGACUACAGCAAGAUCCACCUGCUGGUAUCAGUGGAGCUCCUCAUGAUAAUAAUAUCACUCUAUGGAACGCUGUGAUAUUUGGACCUGAUGAUACCCCAUGGGAUGGAGGAACGUUUAAGCUGACACUGCAGUUCACAGAGGAUUAUCCUAACAAACCUCCUACAGUGCGGUUUGUUUCCCGAAUGUUUCAUCCAAACAUCUAUGCGGACGGAAGCAUUUGCUUGGAUAUCUUACAGAACCAAUGGAGUCCUAUAUAUGACGUUGCAGCUAUACUGACUUCCAUUCAGUCUCUUCUCUGUGAUCCAAAUCCGAACUCCCCGGCAAAUUCAGAGGCAGCACGCAUGUUCACCGAGAAUAAGCGUGAGUACAACCGAAGAGUGCGAGAAAUGGUGGAGCAAAGCUGGACAGCUGACUAAAAGGUUAUAACAGUAAUGAAAAUCGAGAGAACCACAAUCUUCGUUCUGCCAAUAAAAAAACAUCUGAAGUGGUUGUAACCGGUUUGAACUUGCAUUUACUGUUUGUUUACCGAAGAAAAUUUCGAAAUCACAGUCUGCUGUAAAAGAUGUUUUGUUGAUUCAGUAUCUGCAUUUAUGGCUGCUCCUUUUAAGUUUGCUUUCAUGUAAUAUUUUCAUAAAAAUACUUCUUUUCUUAUGGAAUGUGUACAAAAACAAUUGUUGUUGUAGACGAAUCUUGAAUCAAUAUCCACCUUAAUUGAUACA